GAGCUAACGUCAAUCAAACUCAUUUGUAAACAAACACACGAGCGAGCAGACGAGAGUUGGUUGAUUUGAGCGAUUUUUACGAUUCCCCGUCGAUCGCAACGUGAUCAUGCUUCACAUUAUCCGCCGCUCGUUCUUUCGGUUACAUAAGCUGCGAAACGUUCCCGGGUGUUCGGCCACCGGCAAGGGCUUCGCAUCGGAUACUGGUGCCCCGAGCGAUGAUGGUAAGGGGAAGCAAAAGCCGCGUGCAGGCAAAAGUGCGACAGAUAGUGCAAAGGAAGAUGAGGGCAAAAAAUCGGCCGCCGCACUGAACCGGCUCAACGAGCUGCUUUCCAUGAUGAACACCGAGAGCGAAGUGAAGUUGGUCAAGAAGGUGGACCUUCCGCGACCGGGAAAAGGGAAAACGAAAGCCAAAGAGCGCAAGGCAACCGCUGUCGAUUCCUCCGAUUCGGACGAUGAACGUCCGAAGGAUCUCACUCACGCAACCCGAAACGUUGCCAACGCCCUGGGCGGUGACACGAAGCGAACGGAGGCGGAACUGUUGUCGAAACUGUUGGACUCGUCGUCAACCGCUGGCCAUAGUGGUGCCAUUACGGACAUCAUUACUGGCAUGAGCGUGGAUAGGGACGACCGCGAAAGGGAACCCGUGCGUGACACCGCUCGCAGCACGCUGGUUAAGAAGGUGAUGGAACGAGCGAAGAAAUCACGCGACGACGGCAGACCGUGGGCCGCUGAACCAUCGCGAAAUGAACGUGCCGAGGGGCGUUUCAGGGCCCCCCGGAAAUCGUUACCUACGGCCGCCGGCGGUCCGGGCAGCGUGAAACUGUUCGGCGAGGAACCGCUGGGCAUUUUUACCGAGCUGGCCUCGCUGAAAGAAAUUCCCGAUAAGCUUCCGACGUGGGCAAAGUUGCAUGAACGGGAGCUGAAGCUCACCGUUACGCAUCCGCCGGCCAACCACUUCCAAAAAAUGGCCCUGUGGAAUGAGCAGGGUAAGCUCUGGCAGUUCCCGAUCGACAACGAACAGGGGCGCGACGACGAACGGAAAGUGUCGUUCACGGAGCACGUGUUCCUGGAGGAACACCUCGAGGGGUGGUGCCCAAAGAAGGGCCCCAUUCGUCACUUCAUGGAGCUGGUCUGUGUGGGUCUGUCGAAGAACCAUUACAUUACGGCGCAAGCGAAACGGGAUCAUAUUUUCUGGUUCCGAGACUACUUCGAGCGGAAAAAGGAUCUUCUGAAGGAGGUCAUUGUUCAGGAGACGAACAAAGUGAAAAUGGUUGAGAAAUAAAUAAUCCAUUAACUAGUAGCGUGUCACCUAGCGAUUCUAUCGUCCCAAAAUCAUCUAUUUUUCUUUUUUUCCCCUCUAUUGGGCUG